AUGACGAGGAAACAUAAACUGGAUAACCAGAAACCGAUUAGUGAUGUGUCGAAAGAACCCUCCGGAGCUCAAAAACGUAAGAAACAGAAAGAAAUAGAAGAUAAGGAUAAAAAAUUAAGGAAGCAGGCCGAGCGGUUUUUUAAGUCACCUACACAGCCUCAUUCGGAUAUCUCAGUGACGGAUUCGCCGGCAACAACUUCAACAUCAUUGCAAAUUUCUGUAGAUGAUGUACGUUCGGAUGGUUCACGUAAUCAGGAAGCAAUCGUGUCUGCUCAGAUUGAUUUGGAAACGUCUUCUCUACCCGUUAAAAUUCCUAAUGAAAAUAUUGAAAAUAAAGAAUUUCUGGCGACCUCCGAAGUCGAAAUGGAUGCUGAUGACGACGCUGCAAUUUCAUUGUUUGAUCCGAGUAGUUGGCCCCAAAUCCUGAACGAGGAAAAUCGGAACAGAAUCUUGCAGUCAGUGCCAAAUUUUGAGUCUACCUUUACUUUCGUCCCAGUUAACAGUCACAAAUUUUCGGGAAGAUAUUUUUCUGGAUCAAAGAAGAAUGGCGAAUCAUAUUUUCGUGAUUGGCUGAGAUUCAGCAAGAUUUCUAAUAGCGCAUUUUGUCUUCCAUGUUGCUUUUUCUCCUCCAAAUCUGGAAACAAAUCACCAUGGAGUAAUUGGGGGGUUGGAAAUAUCGGUUUCCAGGAUUUCAAACACGCGAAGCGGGGAGUUGAAGACCACGAGGACAGCCUUAGCCAUUUCGACGCGACGCGGACAUGGAAAUGUUUCCUAAAAAAUGUCAAGGAUCCCACAUCGCUAACAGGCACUUGUGUGAAAACCUAUGAUGAAAACAUCAAUCAUUGGAGAUUGGUUUUGCGUGGAAUAGUAGACGCCGUACUAUUCUUAGCCAAGAAUAAUUUGGCCUUCCAAGGUGGAAGUCAAAAAAUAACCGAUCCAAAUUGUGGAAAUUUUCUGAACCUCAUCAAGCUGCUUUCGAAGUAUUAUGCCCCCUUGGCCGCCCACGUCGAUCACUUACAAAAAAACAGCCCAAGUUAUCUUAGUGCCAUCUCCCAAAAUGAAUUUAUUUUGCUCUGUGGCCAAAGAAUUCGAACAUAA